UUUUCUCUAUAUAUAAGAAAAAACAAACUAUCUCAUUUUCUAUAUAUAAGAAAAUGAAACUGGGGUGUCCCCUUCCAGUAAUGUGGAUGACUUUCUUGUGCUAUAUUCUAUGUUGUAGUAUUUUGAUGGGUCAAGGUCAUCGCCAUGACAUUGUAGAAGCAGCUGAGAAAAUAAAAAGUUUUGAAGAUUUUGAAAUAGAGCAAAAACUAAAGCAUAUCAACAAACCUGCUGUCAAAAUUAUAAAGUCUAUUUCUGGUCAACGGUAUGGAUGCGUGGACUUUUACAAACAACCAGGAUUUGACCAAUCAUCCAUGAAGAACCACACAUUUCACUAUAAGAUGCGUAUGAUAUCACACCCUAAAGGAUCAAAAGUAAAAAGAGAGACAGUACUUCGUAACAAAACAUUUGGUCACUUAUGGGAAAAUGGCGUAGGUUGCCCUAUUGGCACGGUCCCCAUAUAUCGAGCCACCAAAGACGAUCUUUUAAGAAUGAAAUCAUUUGAUGACGAGAAUUAUAAUCCGCAAAGUUCGUGGAAAAGUACCUAUCAACCUACGCUUUCCAACGAAGGUCAUCACUACUUUUCUGUGGUGCGGACUAAAGGAAAACCAAGGAUUUACAAUGGUGCAUCUAUGAAUAUGCAUAGAGGCACUUGUCUGGCUGGACCUAUGCAAUUCACCUCUGGUCGGAUGACCUUUCAAAUCGGAAAUGAAUUCAUUCAAGUUGGUCGGAUCUCACACCCACAAUUAUACAAAGACGCUUGGAUUCGGCUGUUUGUAUUUACAAAUGCGGGAGGACGUCCAUGUUUUCAUAACUUCUGUCCGGACGGAUCCGGGAUGAUACUAGUCAGCCAAGAUUUUGCUCCUGGUCUAAUUCUCCAUGAGAGAGAUUAUGACAUCGCCAUACAGAAGGACAAAGCCAACGGGAAUUGGUGGCUGCUGAUGGGGCCCUCAUGGCAAGAAGUUGGGUUCUGGCCAGCAAGCAGAUUCAAAGAAAAUCAUGGUACAGGUAUAGAAUGGGGUGGUGAAGUCUAUAGCCCUUCACUUCCAAGUCCUCCAAUGGGAAAUGGUGAUCUACAGUUGACUCCCGAGAAGGACGCCUAUAUGCGCCUAAUCACGAUUGUGGAUGAAAAUUAUAAUACCGACAAAAGGGUUGGGAACACAGAAGGGUUUUCAAACAACAAUUAUUGUUAUCCAGUGCUCGACGUAAAGGAAUCGUCUUGGAUACAUGUAGGUCAUUUUGUUCUUUACGGAGGCCGUGCGUGUAAUAAAGUUUGA